AAAUUUUGGCUACCAACAUAUAGUUAAAACCGAUUUAAACAAUCUAAUUUUUCAAUAGUUUACUACUCGGGAAUAACAACUGAGUAUUUUUUAGAAAACGUCUAUUAUCUUACAAUAAUUUAAAUAAUUUUUUAGCAAAGUUUUAAUACAUUUCAAUAUAAUUAUAAUCAAAUUUUGUUUUUCAUUACUUAUCCUCAUUUAUUGUACACGAGAAUGCGUGCUUCGUAGUUUUUUUUAAAUAUUUACUUUUCAAGUUGCUUAUUUAAUCAUCAGUAUUAUUGUUAUGAUCAUUAGUUAUUAUUGUUAUCACACUAAGAAUAAAUAUUUUGAUAAAUCGUCGCGGUGGCCUUAACGACGUGCACGAAUAAAAUCAUUAACAUUGUCCGUACCAUCUGCCUAACAAUUGGGUUUAAGAAAUUUUACAAAAGUUACUGGAAAAAUUAAUUAAUCACGCAGUUACAACAACAAAAUCGAUAAGUUAGCCCAGACCUUCGCGGCUUUGCCGUCGUUAAUUUUACAAUGGCGAGGUAGUGCGCGGAAAAAAACUGACAAUAAAAGGAGUCGAAAUAGAAGCAACAACAUAAUGAGUAUUGCAGUUGAUAGCGGUGGUGAUUUUUAUUUCUUAACCAAGAAACCAAAAUCCACAGCAAUUGAGUAUGAUUACAAGAUUUCAGACAAUGUUUUAGGUUUAGGCAUCAAUGGUAAAGUGUUGCAGUGUUUUUCAAAAACUACAGGCCAAAAAUAUGCUCUAAAAGCGUUAGUUGAUUGUCAGAAGGCAAGAAGAGAAAUUGACUUGCACUGGAGAGCUAGUGGUUGUAUUAAUAUAGUGAACAUAAUUGAUGUUUAUGAAAAUAUAUAUGUGGGAAAAAAAUGUCUUUUAGUUAUCAUGGAAUGUAUGGAAGGUGGUGAAUUAUUUCAACGUAUUCAAGAACACAAUGAUGGAGCAUUUACUGAAAGAGAAGCUGCACACAUAAUGACUGAUAUUUGCUCAGCUGUCAAGUAUCUCCAUGAUAUGAAUAUUGCUCAUCGAGACUUAAAACCAGAAAAUCUUUUGUAUUCAAAACCUGGUAAUGAUGGUAUUUUAAAGUUGACUGAUUUUGGCUUUGCAAAAGAAGUGUCACAAAAAGCACCUUUAAAAACUCCAUGUUACACCCCAUAUUAUGUUGCCCCAGAAGUUUUGGGACCAGAGAAAUAUGAUAAGAGUUGUGAUAUUUGGUCUUUAGGGGUUAUAAUGUAUAUAUUGUUGUGUGGAUUCCCACCAUUUUUUAGUAACCAUGGGCAAGCUAUUUCACCUGGUAUGAAAAACCGUAUCAAAACUGGUCAAUUUGAUUUCCCAAGUCCUGAGUGGGAUAAUGUAUCUAAAGAUGCUAAAACACUCAUAUCUAGUAUGUUAUCUGUUGAUCCAGCUACCCGUCUUACUAUUGAUCAAGUCGUUAGACAUAAAUGGAUUGCAAGAUAUACUGAGGUUCCACAGACACCACUCCAUACUGGUCGCAUGUUGAAGGAAUCAGGAGAUGUAUGGCCAGAAGUUCAAGAAGAAAUGACUAGAUCACUUGCUACAAUGCGUGUAGAUUAUGACCAAGUUAAUAUUAAAUCAUUAAAUGCAUCCAAUAAUCCCUUAUUAAACAAAAGAAGGAAAAAUGUAGGAGCCAACAGCACAUCUCAUUAAUAUGCAUAAAUUUUUUUAAAGAUAUUAUGGACGAUCUGCCACUUGCGGUUACUUUUUUUAUUUUUCUGAAAUAUGUCAUGAGGUCAAGAACUCUUAAUUCAUUAUUUAUGCUUAAUAUGCUAAAUAAUUUUAUAAAUAACAUUUAUAUUUGUUUGUUAAUUAUUGAAUUGUAUUGAAGAUUUGUUGUUUAUAAUUAAAAAGUAUUUACUUUGGUAUUCAGUGUCUUGUAACAUGGUUAUAUUCUUAAUUUAACAUAAGUCAAAUAUAUUUAACACAUAUUAUAUUAGAACGAUUUAAGCUUUUAUUAAACUCUCCAUAACAUUAAAACAAUAAUACUGAUUUACAUUAACAAAAGUAAAAGUAUUUAAGUAAAUUGGUUUUUUCAGGAAUAAGAAAAACAUUUUAAAAAUGUUAACAAUUUUGUAGGUUUAAAAGUAAGUGCUGUUUAUUAAUAUAGUAUAUUAAUUUUAUUUUUUUAUCAAGAAAAUUUAUAUACUAUUACUGAUUGUAAUAUUAAUUGAUUGUCUGAUUAUGUACUUUUAAAAGGUUAGAAUUGUUGUAAUGGCAAAACAUUUUUAAUAUCAUUAAUGUAUGUAAUUUGGUGUUAUUAAACUUCCUUACUCUAGUUGUAUCUUUAUAAUUAAUUUACAGUAUUAUUUUACUUCAGUGUUUUGCAUGUUUAAAAUAUCAUAUUAUUGUGAAUUCAAAUUUAUGUUAACCUUAUAAAAUGAUAAAUUAUUAUUUCUAUUAAUCUCUAGAAAAUGAAAUGUUGUAAUAUAACUAGUAGGCAAGAACAUGGAGUAAAAACUGUACAUAAUUUUUCUACUAAAAUUGACUUAACUAUUGUGUACUUUUAUUAACUAGAAGAAAUCCUUCUUUUGUAAUUUUAUUAAUUUUGUGUUUGUAAACUAAUUUAAACUGAAACACCACGAACAAAUAUUUUUAGCCUUAAAUUGUAUGAAAAUAUUUGAUAAUAAAAUUUUGAAU